UCAGCUGUUACCAUUAAUGCGUGUCUGAGAAGUAAGAAGCAGUGAGUGUGGAGCUGGCCUCCACAGGCUGACUGUAAUAUAACGGGGACUGGGAACUAUUCUACACAGAAUCACCAGAAUAUUAUCCAAAAUCAUCAUUGCAAAAACACAACGCGCCAGAGGAGGAACACAGUAUUUUGCUGGUACCUGGGUUGUUACAAUAAAAACGUGGAUAUAAGGUGUCACAAAAAACCAAAAAGGACCAUCAGAAGACACCUCCAAGAGUGCUAAUAUACAUUUGGAUUUGCUUGAAGCUCUACCGUUAAAAGAAAGAAUGGCCAUGUAUCAAGCGGCUGUUACCAACAAAGGACAAACCACCGCCGUGACUGCGCUGGAGGAGUCUGAAGCUUGCACGGUGCCUGGUGGAUUGGCCAGCAUGAAGAAACACUUUGAAAAGACAGACAAUGUGUCGUCUCGCAGUGCUGCUUCGCAAUAUCAGUAUCAGCACAGAUCUGUGAAGGAAACAAAGAAAAGCAAUGAAAUUGCGUUCACAAGGAGCAGCCAAGCAGCCGAGCAUCAUGAAACUCAGUUUUCAGCUUGCGAUACAGAACAGGUAUCCUUUCAAGAGCAAAGCACCCAUGAGACGAACGCAGUGUCUAAUUAUAAUCAAGCUGAUGGAGACGGUUACGAGGAGAACCCAAAAAUUUCAGCACAAGUUCUUAAGCAACAGUUUGAGAGAUCUCUCAAUGAAAAAAGCACCAAUGCUCAUGGAAAAGAAAGUUCACAAGGGAAACAUGCAAAGAUAUAUAAUGAGCAUCCAGAAUUUGAAUGGCCAGUGGUAAAUGCCAGCACAUCUGGCUCAUCCAGCAAUGUCUAUGAUUCUGUGUGUUCAUCUAUGAAAACAGAACGUGCUUCAAAAUCUGCUAGUAAGUUUGUUCACUUUGGAAGUUUAGAGGAAUUCCCACCACCUCCUCCUUCUCCUCCAGAUAUUUUAGAGACUUCUGAAAUAGCAGAUUUUUCCCAGUCCCCAGAACCUCCCAACUCUACAGAAAGAUAUGCAUCAGCUUCAACCAAAGAUGUAUACUCAAAGCAGCGGAACUUAAAUGAGCUUAAACGUUUAUAUAAGCACAUUCAUCCAGAAGUAAGAAAGAAUUUGGAAAAGGAAUUUUUCAGUGACGUUUCCAAUAUUGUAACAAAUCAAUGUGAGCAAAAAGGUGAGGUGCAACAAGCAAGAUAUGUAUUUGAAAAUCCUGCAGGCAGCCCGCAGAAAUGUCUUAGCCCCGAAAGAGAGUAUUUAGAAUGGGAUGAAAUCUUGAAAGGAGAAGUGCAGUCUAUGAGGUGGGUCUUUGAAAAUCAACCUUUAGAUUCAAUUAAAGAUGAAUCACCAGAACAAAGUCAUAUUAAAAGUAUUGGAGAACAAGAAAUUAUUGCUGGAGGAGAUGUGAAGUAUACAACUUGGAUGUUCGAGACACAGCCAAUUCAUGCUUUGGGAGUGGAUACUUCCAUCUCUACAGAGAAUGCUGACAAGGUUCCAGAUCUUGCAAGAGGAGAUGUUCGAACUGCAACAUGGUUGUUUGAAACCCAGCCAUUAGACUCUCUAAACAAAAUAUACAAGGAUAAUGACUCUGAUGUUCUUCUGGCAUCUGAAGACAUUCAUGGAGGGGAUGUAAAAACUGGAAGAUAUUUAUUUGAAACAAAGUAUCGUGAUGGGAGUCUUUCUUCAUUUGAUGAAUUAAAUAUGUUGAGACUCAAAUCAGAACUACAUGAGUUUAAAGGAGAUGUAAAAAGAACUGUAAAACAAUUUGAAACUGAACCCAAAUAUGUCUUAAAAGAUAGUUCAGGGAAAGUACUUGAGAUUAAAACUGUAUGCAAGGAAGAUAUUGAAAAGGGUGAUGUUAAAACAGCACGGUGGAUGUUUGAAACACAGCCUUUGGACAUGAUUAAUCAGGAUGAAGACCAAAUUAAAGUUGUCAGAGGAAUAUCUAUGGAAGAAAGUGUUAAAGGGGGAGUGGGAAAGGCAAAAUGGCUAUUCGAAACACAUCCUUUGGACUCAAUUAAAGAAGAGGCUAAUUCUAUUGCUCAAAAAGAAACUAUUAUAGGUGCAGAUGUAUACCAAAAAUGUUGGAUUUUCGAAACCCUUCCAAUGGAUAUGUUGAAGGACAAUGCUAAUGAAAGGCCUCUUCAGGGGGAAGAGAUAAUAGGAGGUAAUGUUAGCAACACAAAAUAUCUAUUUGAAACUGUGCCAAUGGAUGAACUCAAAGAAGAUGUUGAAGUUGGCAAGCUUAAAAAAAUGGUAACAACAGAAGAGGAAAAAGGUGAUGUUCGCCAUCAAAAAUGGGUUUUUGAAACAUGUCCUCUUGAACAGAUUAGGGAGGAAAAAAAAGAAUAUAUGCGGACUGUCCAGCUAGAUGAAAUCCAUAGAGGAGAUGUCAAUACCUGCAGAAAUGCCUUUGAAAGAGAAGAUUGGCAAACAGGUGACUUUUCAUAUAAAAUUCAAAUUGAAGACACUGAUAAGGGAGCUGUAAAACUCAACAAAAAACUUUUUGAAACAACACCCUUGUAUGCUAUUCAGGAUCGUUUUGGACAUUAUCAUGAAGUCAAAACUAUCCGUCAAGAGGAAGUAGUGAGAGGAGAUGUAAGAACAUGUCAAUGGAUGUUUGAAACCACACCAAUUGAUCAGUUUGGAGAAAGUGUUGAUAAGUACCAGCUUAUCAGAGGAAUCUCUUCUCAAGAAAUACAAUCUGGUCAUGUCAAAACAGGAAAAUGGCUUUUUGAGACCCAACCAUUGGAUUCUAUUAAACACUUUAGGAAUUCUGAAGAUGAAGAAAUAGUAAAAGAAGAUAGGAGAGAUAAUGUUAAAGGUGAUGUCAAGAUGUGUAAAUGGCUAUUUGAAACUCAGCCAAUGGAAAAUCUUUAUGACAAACAAGUUAAAAUGGCAAGUAGUGAAGAAAUUCAAAAGGGAGAUGUCAAAACUUGCACAUGGCUUUUUGAAACUCAAGCACUUGACACAAUACAAGAAGAAUCAGAAAAGUCCACAAACUUAGAUCAGGAGAAGAUUGUAGGUAGAGAUGUACAAACAGUUUGCUUCCUAUUUGAGACUCAGAAUUUAGAACAUAUACAAGGAGAAGAGAAAAAAGACUUUAAGAGAGUGGUUGAAAUUGAUGUUCAAUCUGGUGAUGUCUCUACCAUAAAAUAUAUUUUUGAAAACAAACCACUAGAUAAAAUUAGUUCAAGUUCACAAGAGGUGUUGCAAAAGAUAAAAAACAUGACAUGUGAAGAAAUCCAGAAAGGAGAUGUCUUAAAUUGCAGGUGGAUUUUUGAAAAUCAUUCUAUUGAUGAGAUCAAUGAAAACCAGGACAACAAUAAAGCAGCUUAUGCAAUCACGGAUGUUCAAGGUGGAAAUGUAAGAAAGGGAUGUUUUAUUUUUGAGACCUUUUCCUUAGAUCAGAUUAAAGAUGAAAGUUCAGAAGAGAUAUUGACAAAAACAGUUGAUUUGGAUGAUAUAUUAAAAGGUGACGUGAAACAUUACACAAUGAUGUUUGAAACACAGCCACUCUAUGCUGUUCAAGAUAAAGAAGGAUUUUAUCAUGAAGUCACAACAGUGAAGAAAGAAGAAGUAUGUCAUGGUAAUGUUCGUGGAACAAGAUGGCUCUUUGAGACAAAGCCUUUAGACUCCAUUAAUGAAUCUAAUGAAGUGUUUAUCAUAAAGGCAGUAACUCAAGAGGAUAUUCAGAGGGGUGAUGUUAAUUCUGUACGAUGGAGAUUUGAAACUCAAUCAUUAGAUAAAAUUUCUGAUGAGGCUAAAUUAGAUGUUCAUACUAUUGAAAAUAUUCAAGGCGGAGAUGUUAAAGGCAACAGAGAGAUUUUUGAAAAAGGAGAUAAGAGCCAGGUUGUAAGAACAGUAAGUAUUAGUGAGAUUAAAAAAGGCAAUGUUAAAACAUCUACUUGGUUAUUUGAAACCCAUACUCUUGAUGAGCUUCAUGAAGAAAAUUAUGACAACAUGAAAAGAGUGAGAGUAGAAGACAUCCAAAAAGGGGAUGUACAAGAAGCUGUGUGGCUUUUUGAAAACCAGAGUUUGGACUCAAUCCAGGUAAAUGAUGAAGAUGUUAAAAGGACCUUGAGGGAAGAAAUUCCACAAGCUGAUGUUAGAACAACAACAUGGCUUUUUGAAACAACACCAUUGCAUGAAUUUAAUGAGUACAAAUCAGAGAGGCAUGACAUUAUUGGUAAGAGUAUACAAGAAACAUUAAAAGAGUUGUAUAACCAAAAUAUUGUGAAGUCUCACGGAAUUAUUCUAGAAGCAGAUGAAAUUGGGGAUGUCCGCAUGGCUAAAUACCAACUAAUGAAUCAACAAAGUCCAGAGAUAGAAAAAGAAGAAAUCAUAAGAGGAGAUCUUCAGAAUAUAAUGAUGAAUUUACUUUCCCAAAACUCAUCAACAGAAAGAAUGGUGCUUUUAAAUGAUGAAGAAAAGGGCAACAUAUCUUUGACAAAAUCCCAAUUAUUCAGUAGCUCAACUGAUGUACAGACCUGGAGAGAGGACAUUGUAGGAGGAGAUAUACAGGAAGCUAUCAAAAACCUCUGCAGUGAGGAUUUUGUGAAAAAAGGAAUACUCAUUCAAGAAAGUGAGAAAGGGGAUAUAAAAAUGACUGUGUACUCUCUACUUAACAAGAAAAGCAAAUGUGAUUUCCAGCGUGAUGAAGUGGUAGCUGGAGAUAUAAAACGUACACUUUAUAACUUAAAGUCCUCUGCCAUGACGGGUGAGAAGUUGGAGAAAGUAAAAAUAGAUGAUUCAGAAAGAGGCAAUGUGCAGUUUUAUACCACAUGUAUUGAAUCUGGAGCAUUAGAUUAUUUAAAAAGACUGCAGGGGGUGACAGAUGAUGUUGUUGUGGAACAGAAAAUGGAAGAAAUUGUUGGAGGUGAUGUUGAAGGUACAAAAUUGUUACUAAAAAAAAAAGAGUGCCAAAUCGAGCGAACUGUUGAUGAAAUGGAUAUUAUCCCUGGAGACGUUUAUAAUACAGUUAAAGUUUUUAUGACUGAGCCUGAGAAUAAAUCCUAUGAUAUAAAUAAAGAAGAAGUUGUAAAAGGCAAUUUGAAAGCAACACUACAUUCACUGAACAAAGCCAUAAAUCAGACAGGGGUUGUACAAAAAGAAGAUAUUAUUAAAGCUGAUCUCCAUGCAACACUGAAAUCUCUGACUGAAUCACAGAAUCAAGUGAGGGAUACAGAAAAGCCAGAUGUUAUCCCUGGUGACAUUCAAGCAACCAUUGACUCUCUAGAAAAAGCAGUAAACCUUAAAACAGAGUUUGUUAAGGAGGAAGUUAUCCAAGGCAACCUUGAGGCAUCAUUAAAAUCUUUAAAAGAAGCACAGCAGUCAGUAAAGCAAGUAGAAAAAGAAAAUAUAGUCAGAGUAGAAAUGAAUGCAACAAUGCAAAGCCUGCUGGACUCUUCUACAGAAAAAAAACAUGUCCAACAUCAAGCCAGCAUACAAGGUGAUGUAAAAAGUACCACGAAGACAUUGCAACAGCCUAACUUUCAGACAGCCCAAUGUAAACCAAGUGUUGAAGGCAAUGUGAAAGGCACAAUAAAAACUUUUGUACAAUCUAAUGAUGAAGCUCAUGAAAUAUCAGCUAAAAGUCAACUGUCAAGUGAGAAAUUGGUCACUGUAGGUCUUGAUGACCAAUAUACAUCAACAAAAAUUUAUAAAAAAAGUCAACAAAAUAUUAAUAUGUUACAAGAGAAGGCUAGUGAAAAUUCAACAAAAAUUGAUCACCAAAGUCAACUAAAUAUCGACAGAGUGCAACAGAAGGUCACGGGAACCAAUAUUUUCACUGAUGUGAAAGGUCAAGAAAAAGAAGAAAUUUGUGAUACGUCUAAUCAAACUAUGAAUAGCAAAGCUACAACUUCUAGAGGGGAAAAAGUACAAAAGUCAGUGACCAACAAAGGCUGGAAAAAAAGUAAUACAUUCUCCAAUACUCAAGUUGUAGAAGAAAUGUCUGAAGAGGAAAGAUGUUUAGUCCAAGGAUAUAGCAAGGGGCAGAAAGAAAAAUCAUCCACAGACCUAAUCAAUCAAAACAAGGCCAUGCAAAAAGCAAAAAUGUCUUCCAGUAUCAAUAACUCCAAAUCUACAGCCUUCAAUGUGAUUAAUAAAGGGAGCUUUCAAACAUCUAAUCAUGUUCAGAGGCAUGUGACAAAUCAGCAAUCACAGCAGUCAAAAAGACUGGUUUCAGAGAAUGCAAUGAACAUUCAACAAGCUCAAGUUUUAGAUUCCAUCAAUAACAAUGUAGAAAUUGCAGACAAAGUACUAAUGUCUGUUGAUAAAAUCUCAUUGCAAAAAGAAAUGGAAAAUAUUCACAAUGUACAUGUGACUAAAAAUAGAACAGUCCAAGAGGUCGGUGAAAAGAAUAAAUCUAUUUCUAUGAGCAGUUAUAAUCAUAACAAAAACAUUGCAAACAAAAGGGAAAAACCUGAAAUUUACUUCCCUCCUCCACCGCCAUUGCCACAGUCUUCUUUGAUGGAGCCUCCGCUGGCACCUACACCACCGCCACCACCUCCGCCACCACCACCGCCACAACCAGCUCAACUACCAUUUAAGGCAUAUAUGGAAUCUGACUAUUUUCCUUCACCACCUCCACCAGUUGUGGAUAAAAUAGAGAAUGAAUUUAUUCCAUCUCUGCCAGAAACACCACUACUAGUUAUGCAAUACAAAGAGCAAGACAAACAAUCAACUAGUAUGCCUUGUCACAAGCAACCAGUCACAAAAAGCAAAGAGUCAAGGUCAUAUUUGAAUACAUAUUCUGCAAAUGAACUCGAUCUUAAACAGUCACAAAAAUCCAUUGAAAAAAAACAAUCUAGUAAGCACUCUGAAAAACAAGCACCUGACGUGCUUCCAAAGUCUAAAGUUCCAAUAUUUCAAUCUAAAACAGGAGCAAUGACAACGUCAAAGGUCAACAAAAGUAAAAAUUUUAGCUCUCAAUCAACAGUUUCAGAAUUGAAACAAAAUGCUAGCACCACAAAGUCACAUGCUGAAGAUUAUGAACAAUCUGAAUUCUGUAAAGAAGUAGAACUAAUCAAUAAAGGCAUUUUAAAUACAAAGAAAAAGUUAUAUUCACCAAAUAUAUCUCCAGCAAUAAAAUCUGGGACUUCACCAAUUAUUUCUAAAGCAGUUACGCAAGAAACCAUAAUUUGUGAGAAAACUGUGGACAAAAGUGAGUCAACCAUGCAAGCUUAUGAUCAAAUAACUCGUGAGCAGGAAUUGGAAACAAUUCACAAGGAGACUAUAAAUCCCAAGACAAAAGCUAUUUUCUCACCAAGAAUAUCUCCAGCGCUAACCAAUGUGGCUCAGUCAUCAAUGUGCAAUGCAAAAGAUGUGACAGUUAAUCAUGUUCAUCAGGACAAGUUAUGCACUUCCGAGGCAAUAACUUCAGAGGCAACAGCAUCAGUACAGAAAAAGAUGGAAAACACCAUUCAAUUAAGUGAACAGGACUUAGAUCAACUGGAAUGUGAUCGUGAAUUGGAAAAAAUCCAUGAAGAAACAAUAAAACCCAAAAGAAAAGUGUUCUUUCCACCUAGGAUGUCUCCAGCCAUACACGUUGAAACUCCACCACCAAAACCUAAAACGUAUGUCAGAAAAUUCAAGACUCCGCUAAUGAUUGCAGAGGAAAAGUACCGUCAGCAGAGAGAAGAACUAGAGAAAAAUAAAAACAAGGUUAUAUCUCAUGUUGUUAUCUCAGCAGCCUCUGAAUCCCAGAGCAAAGAAGUAACAGCAAAGACAGAAGCUGUCCAGUCUACAUCAAGAGAAUCACCUAAAACAACAGUGACCUCAACAAAAGAUGUAACCAAUUCAAAGAACCAAAUAAAGGCAAGUGAAAAUGUUUUGUCAAAUGAAGCCCAUCAAGAAUCUUUUAAUAUUGAUAAACACAAUUCUACUCAAUUAGCCUCAUCAUCUAUUACAAGCAAUGUUCUUGAUAUACAAACAUUCUCAAAAGAAAUCCAAAUGACGCAGCAACACUCAAAGGUUUUUAAGGAAUCCGAUACACUUGAGCAGACAAAUAAGCAAUAUGCUUUUAACAAGUCAGAAAAGACAAAACAUGUGGACCCAUUGCAAGCCACACGUACGUGUUCUCCUCAAGCUGGUCUUAAGGAAAGUCUUCCAAUGGCAAGGUCUGAAAUUACGGCUACACCUUUAAAUAAUAUAGGCAAUGUGAAGAACAGCAACAGAGCAGAUGAACAGUUUACAGAAAAACGUCUAAGCCAGGAUUUAAAUGCACAAUCCAUUUUGGAAAGCUCAAAACGAAACCAACUAAAGAGCACAAGUAACAUCCAAUCAGUGUCUAUUGAAAAGGAAACAAAAACAUUACAAAGUCAAACCAUAGUUGGCUCAGUAACAAAAACCAUAGAAUCACCAAAGUUCCAAAGGAAAUUACAGAUUAAGAAGGACCUGGUGAAAAGUGAUGCUAUAGCCAAGCAGAAUAUGUCUGGUGUUCAUGAGCAUGUUGAAAAGUCAAAAAGUUUUCAACAUCGUCAAAUCCAUCAACAAAAAGCACAUCCUCCCCUGCCACUUCCAAAAGAGUCGGUGCCAGAAAAUAUUUCCACUGCAAAAAAUUUAACAGAGAAACAGGUGUGUGAAACAUCUGCAACAAGAGAAACCAUUGAAAAGAACAGAAACCUGAAUUUUGUAUCUGACUCACAAAACAAAGAGGAAAUUAAAUCAUCAAACAUAAUAGAAUACCUCAGAAAAUGUGAGGAGUUGCAGAACACAGUAUCUAAUGCAAAUAAAUUUGAAUCAGAUCCACAGACAUUGAGUAUAAGCACAUUUCGAACUUUCCUGAGUGUUGUCCCAAGCUGGUUAAUCAGUCCAGAGAAAAAGGAAGACAUAGCAGACCUGGCAGCAUCCAGCAAUAUGGAGAGUAUUACAGAGCAAUUGUCCUAUAUUAAGAAUCAUGCAAUGGACAUGCAGUCAACCUUGGAAGGUAAUAUACAGUCUGCUAUAAGAUCUGCUACAUUGGUGAAAAACAGAAAUGAAACCAAUAGUCAAAGUGAAGUACUUCACAAACAAAUUAGUGCCAUUUCCAAUAAAGUUGCCACUACAAAUAGGCAAAGAAAGAUCAGCAAUGAAUUUAGUAGACUCCAAAGUGAUAUGAAGCAAACAAAUAUUCGUGCUUGCUCUCCUCUGCUGAAGAUGAGAUCUCCAUCACCUACAUAUAUUACUAUUGAAUCUAUAGCGAGGAGCACAGACAAAGACAGAGCUCCCUGUCCAUCUCCUCUCCCCAAAGAAUCAGUCACAAUUCCACUGCCACCGAGACGUUCUGCAACACCUAAAAUGUCAUGUCCAUCCCCAUCUCCUCAAAAAAGUCGAUCUGAGCAACUUGCAAAACUAAAAGACACAACAGCAAAAUUAUCAUAUGGAACAACACAACCUCGAGCUAUCACCCCAAUUCCAGUUGUAGUGGAGAAAAAAUGUGAGAUUAUACAUUCUCCUGCUACUCUGCGCAGGCAGCUGAAAAUAGAGAGCCAUAGCUCCGGAUCCGUAAGCACCACACCUGUUCCUAUAGGAGAAGUGACUGUCAGCACAGUGGAGGACAGAACAGAAAUUUACGAGGAAGCUAGAAUAUCAGAAACACAUCAAACACUCUCUCAAAAAGAUCCAAAACACAUUCCAAAAUGGAUGGGCUUAGACGUGGAUAGCAUGGAUGUAACAUCAGUAUCACAUAAAACAAAACUCCCUGCAGAGCAUCAGUAUGAGACAAAGGAUAAAAAUAUUUAUACGAGAGAUAAAGCAAAUGUCCAUAAAAAAUCUAAUUUAGAAAGAACCAGAGAAGGGCAUAUGUCAGGCCAAGCAGAAAGUGCUAGCUUUAGAACACAGAGCGGUAAAUUUCAAAGUGAACAAAAGAAGACACUGCACCAGGAAAGCCAAAAGUCAGUCAAUGAGGUCCCUACUACAGAGAAAGCUAGAACGGUGCCAAUAAAACAGCUUAGAGACAACAGGGAAAAUAUUUCCAAGCAAAUAUAUAUGAACAGACACGAAGAUAGCAAAGAUCAUUUAUUUAAACCAAUGAUGCAUUCUGAGACAAUGCCACAAGUUUCUGGUGUUGACAAGAUGGAAAGCAAGGUGAUUAGGUCAAGGGCUUCACGGAAUUCCGAAGGUAUGAAGACUGGAUUUGAAUUCAAACAUGCACCUCCAACAUAUGAAGAUGUCAUAUCAGGUCAUAUGCUUGAUAUUUCUGCUGCUGAAUCCCCAGAGGAAAUACUUAAGAACUUUCAGAAGACCUGGGAAGAAAGUGAAAGGGUAUUUAAAAGUCUUGGCUAUACCGUCUCAGAUGCUUCCGAGAUGACAAGUAGCUACCAUCAGGAGAAAUUAAUUACUGAAAAUUCUUCCUCAGGAAAAGGAAAUGUGCAUUAUUUGUCAAAAGAAGGUUUAUCCAAUGGAAUGCCUGGUGGUAGACAAGCAGACCUUUCAUAAGAACUGCUUUCGUUGUAAACAUUGUACAAGUACAUUAAGUUUAGGAAGUUAUGCAUCUCUUCAUGGAAACAUAUACUGCAAACCACACUUUAAACAACUCUUCAAAGCAAAAGGAAAUUAUGAUGAAG